AUGGAUAAAGACAAAUUAAAUGAUGCUAUUAAUAAUCUUAGUAUGAGAUUAAAAAAACCACACUUGGGAUUAGAAGAAGAAAAUAUUAGAUCUUCAUCAAUCAAUGACUCAGCAGGUUUUUCUUCAAAAAAAGUACCUGUAUUUCAGAAAUUCAUACCAUCUGAAAAAUUCCAAAUUUUCACCAAAGAAGAUCACAUCUUAAAACUCCAAAAAAAAUCUUUCGAACUAGAUCAAUUAAAUAAGUCAAAUCAAAGUAAAAUCAAAGAAUUAAAAGAAUUUAUAGAAUUAAAAAACGAAAUAGCUAUCAAGCAAAAACAACUUGAUAUUAUGAACCAAAGUAUAAAAUCAAUACAACAAGAUUAUAGCUAA